AGUGUUAAUUGGGUAAAACCUUCGUCUCAAAAUGUUCAUACCGGAUGUGGCUGAGGCAUAGAUUGGCUGAGGCUAGGACAAGUGCUUUCUUGGGAUACGUCACCAACAACAUGUUUGGGGUAUUGGCCUCUGGAAGAUUGGUUAACACCAACGUACAGCAAGCUGACGAGAACACGUUCGUGCUCACGCUAGACCAUGCAGAGAGUGUCAACCACAUUGUCGUGUUUUUAACUGGUCAAGUACCAUUCAGUGAUGGAUUUGGAGGCUCUAUACACAUUGGAUGGCCUGGCCCCGAUGGAAGCGUCUCUUGGCAACUACUUGGGUAUAUCUCCAAUGACAAACCCAGUGCAAUAUUCAAGAUAGCAAGACUGAAACCCACGGACACCACACCGCUAAACCCGUUUGGCCAGUCGAUGGGAGCACUGUCUACUAGUAUGCUUGCCACACAAGCACUCAUUGGGAUAUCAGUAGAACCACUAACAGAAAUAUCACAAAAGACCCCUUCUGCUAAUACGGAGGCUUCCACCGUGUCUCAAUUUGCAGAGUUUAGUCAAAAAAUGCUCGAGAGCUUGUUCAAUUAUGCGACAUCAUUUGCUGUUGACCCCAAGCAAAGUAUGCUGAACCCAGCGGAGACUUACAUACCCGCCUCUGCACUGCAACAGUGGUAUGGGAACUUUCAGAGGAGAUUGCAAAUGGAUCCAAAGUUUUGGAAAUCUUUGUAAAAGUUAUAAUUUGCUUGUCAUUAUUUUUACUGAAUGUUGUUCAAAAUGUUGUUGAAUAUAAUAAUUAUUGCUGAAACUAAUUGAAAAUUGAAAAUGA